GUGACGCCGGGGCCGCCGCGGCGCACGAAACCGGAAGUGGGUGGGCGCACGACGAGGCCCAGCGCAGCCUGCGGGCGGCGGGGAGGUGGCGGUGCCGGCCACGUGUUUCAAGUGGAUCACCUAACCAAGCAAAGAUGCAGAGCACAUCAAAUCAUCUCUGGCUGCUGUCUGAUAUUCUAGGGCAGGGGGCUACUGCAAAUGUCUUUCGUGGGCGACAUAAGAAAACAGGUGACUUAUUUGCCGUCAAAGUAUUCAAUAGCAUAAGUUUUCUUCGCCCCAUGGACGUUCAGAUGAGAGAGUUUGAAGUGCUAAAGAAACUGAAUCACAAAAACAUUGUCAAAUUAUUUGCUAUCGAAGAAGAGACCACCACAAGACACAAAGUGCUUGUUAUGGAAUUUUGUCCAUACGGAAGUUUAUACACCGUUUUAGAAGAACCAUCUAAUGCCUAUGGACUCCCAGAGUCUGAGUUUUUAAUCGUGUUGAGAGAUGUGGUUGGAGGAAUGAACCAUCUCCGAGAGAAUGGGAUAGUGCACCGAGAUAUCAAGCCAGGCAAUAUCAUGCGUGUUAUAGGAGAAGACGGACAGUCAGUGUACAAACUGACCGAUUUUGGUGCCGCUAGAGAAUUAGAAGACGAUGAGCAGUUUGUUUCCCUCUAUGGUACUGAAGAGUAUCUGCACCCUGACAUGUAUGAGCGGGCAGUACUGAGGAAAGAUCACCAGAAGAAGUACGGAGCAACAGUGGACCUAUGGAGCAUUGGAGUGACAUUUUACCAUGCUGCCACGGGAGCCUUACCCUUCCGGCCUUUUGAAGGACCUCGGAGGAACAAGGAAGUAAUGUAUAAAAUAAUUACCGGGAAACCUUCCGGUGCUGUAUCUGGAGUUCAAAAGGCAGAGAACGGGCCAAUUGACUAUAGUGGGGAUAUGCCUAUUUCUUGUAACCUUUCUAGGGGUCUACAAGCCCUACUUACACCUGUACUGGCAAACAUUCUUGAGGCAGAUCAGGAAAAAUGCUGGGGGUUUGACCAGUUUUUCGCUGAAACAAGCGACAUUCUUCACCGAAUUAUAAUCCAUGUUUUUUCACUUCAACAAAUGACGGCACACAAGAUAUAUAUUCAUAGUUAUAAUACUGCUGCCGUUUUCCACGAAUUGGUCUACAAACAGACCAAGAUUCUUUCCCCGAAUCAAGAACUGAUCUUUGAAGGCCGACGCUUAGUGCUCGAACCCGGAAGACUGGCUCAGCAUUUCCCUAAAACCUCAGAGGAAAAUCCCAUCAUUAUUGUAAGCCGAGACCCCAUGAGCACCGUAGGACUAAUCUACGAAAAAAUUUCAAUCCCUAAAGUACAUCCUCGUUAUGACUUGGAUAGUGAUGCCAGUGUCGCUAAGGCAGUAACAGGUGUUGUAUGUUAUGCCUGUAGAGUUGCCAGUAGCUUGCUGCUUUACCAGGAAUUGAUGAGAAAAGGAGUUCGAUGGUUAAUUGAGCUAAUCAGAGAGGAUUACAAUGAAACAGUGCACAAAAAAACAGAGGUGGUCAUCACACUGGAUUUCUGUAUCAGGAACAUCGAGAAAACUCGCAAAGUGUAUGAAAAACUGAUGCACAUCAACUUGGAAAGUGCAGAGCUGGGUGAAAUUUCUGACAUCCACACUAAAUUACUGAGACUCUCUAGCUCUCGGGGAACAAUAGAGACCAGUCUUCAGGAUAUCAAAAGCAAAUUGUCUCCCGGUGGCUUGCUGGCAGACACUUGGGCAAAUCAGGAAGGCAGUCAUCCCAAAGACCGAAAUAUAGAAAGGCUCCAAGUCCUGCUGAAUUGCAUCAUGGAGAUCUACCAUCAGUAAAAAGACAAAGCGGAACGUAGGUUGGCUUAUAAUGAAGAACAGAUCCACAAAUUUGACAAGCAAAAGCUGUACUAUCAUGCAACCAAAAGCCAUGUCCAAUUUACAGAUGAAUGCAUUGAAAAAUACGAGGUAUUUUUGGACAAGGCAGAGGAGUGGAUGAGAAAGAUGCUUCAUCUAAGGAAACAGUUAUUGACUCUGACUAAUCAGUGUUUUGAUAUUGAAGAAGAGGUAUCAAAAUACCAGGACUAUACUAAUGAGUUACAGGAAACUCUGCCUCAGAAAAUGUUUGCAGCUUCCAGUGGCAUCAAACAUACCAUGAACCCAAUUUAUCCAAGUUCUAACACUGUGGAAAUGACUCUUGGUAUGAAGAAACUGAAGGAGGAGAUGGAGGGUGUUGUUAAGGAGCUUGCUGAAAAUAAUCAUAUCUUAGAGAGGUUUGGCGCCUUGACUAUGGAUGGUGGCCUCAGGAAUGUCGAUUGUCUGUAGCUUUCUGAAGAACUAAAGAAAAACGAUUCGAUUUGCACAAAAAUAUAAUUCUGUGUCAUUAGCUGCAAGAAUGACUCUGGAGGUGCAUGUUGCGGUCCAUUCGGGGAUUGACACAAGGAUGUAAAUAUGUACACUGUUGUAAAUACAAUAAAAAUAUACGUUUGGGGCUGCUAUCGAAGGGUAAUUUAACUUUGACAUUUAUAAUCAAGUGACGGUAUUUACCGUCAGUGAACGCAAGCAAAACGUCUCAGAAACAUGCUGAUAUUCUGAUUUCUCAGCUGCCGUUAUUUGCUGACCUGGGUUAAGUCACAUCUGUCUUUAGUUUCUUGCAAGAGAAUUUGUAGGCGGCCUGAAUCCGCACCUAAGGUAUUUUGGCUUAGUGACUUUUCAAACCAGAGAAGUAUUUUUGAGAGCAUUUGUUGGGCUAUUGAGAUCUUCAGCUGCAACUUUGGGGGUCAAGAAAUGGAUUUAUGAGACCGUUUCUAAUUGCCCCUGAGAGCAGAAAUUUGAGCUUAUUGCAUUACUUAUUUCAGUAGCAUACAAGCUCACAGGCUUGAAAGAGGAGAGUGGAAGUCAGUGAGUUUCUCUCUGGUAGCUUUAUUUCAAUAUCCAGGUGGUCCCAAGUCUCUGUCCACCCUGAAAGAUGUAUCAGUUAACUUUAGAAUGAAAUCCAACAAAUGACAACAGUGCUUUCUGUGAAAAGAAAAAAAAAUCCACUCUUUUGGCCACAGAAAUACAGAACUCGGUUUCUUCAGAAUAUUUAAAACAUUCAACUGAAAAAAAACAAAGUACCUAAGUUGUAAAAAUUUUCCGUACAUUCUUUACUUCCUCUGAAUUUUUUUAGAUACUCCAGUAAUUGUGCUCAUUUUAAGUGAAGUUAUAUGUAUGAGCACUGUUUACAUGAGAGAAAUCUUAUUUACUUUGAAAGAAAUAAUUUGGAUGUUUCAUCUGUAAACACCAGUGUACAAGCUCGAUACAGUUAUUUUGAAAAACAAAUAAUUUAUAUAACUCCUUAAAAGUAACUAUUUUGGUUUCAGAACUUCUCAUACUCCUGCUGAUGGAGUGUGUUUUUCUUUUACUCAUUAUUUCUAUCAAGACGUUUAUAUAUAUAUAUAACUUUGGUUUCUGGAGAGUAAAUAACCUGACUGCCAAGAAUAAUAGAAAGUAAAGCAAAUUUUUUAAAAUUUGAAAUUGAAUUAGAAUUAUAUUUUGAAUAAAAGAAUGUAUUGUAUUGGGAAAUUGUAACAUUCAGUGUAUUCAUUGUAGAAAUAAAUGCACGAGUGAAUGGCUUUAUUUACACAACCACAACAUCAAAACACUUCCCAUAACUUGAGUAUAUUGAUUAUUCUUACAUGGGCAUUAAUUUGUAUAUACAAAUGCAUCCACUGUAAAUUGUACUGCUAUUAAAUAUGUGAACAGUUC